CUGCCCUUGGUGCUUAUCCCCAGAUACUGCAAUUGGGUAUCCCUCGGGCUGCUGCUUCCUCGCUUCGAGUCCGUCGCCCCCUUCCUUUUCGAGUCCACGCGUCCGGCUGCAGGUCGGUGCCCUUUGAUCCUGCUCUUUCUGCUCGGCGUUGUCAUGUCAGUGGCGACGGGACAGCAGGCCAUGGAGGAGACCAGGCAGUUAGAUGAGAAGAAGAUCCACUUCCUCAUCGACGGCUUCCCCCGAAAUGAGGAAAACCUCCAGGGGUGGACCACCAUCAUGGAUGGGGAGGCUGAUGUCAAAUUUGUGCUUUUCUUCGACUGUGGCAAUGAGGUCUGUGUCAACAGCUGUGUAGAAAGAGGGAAGAGCAGCGGGCUCACCGAUGACAACAGAGCGAGCCUGGAGAAAAGGAUCCAGACCUACCUGCAGUCAACACGGCCCGUCAUCUCACUGUAUGAGAAACAGGGCAAGGUGCGCACUGUGGAUGCCUCGUGCGGUGUGGACAAGGUGUUUGCCAAUGUCAAAACCAUCCUGGACAAGGAGAUUUGAAAUUCCGCACACUGCCAACAACUACCAUUCACAGCUACUUUUAGUUGCAGCAACAAUAUAGUUAGUUUAUUUCCAUUCAUUACUUUUUACACUUAUAAUUUUUUUGGGGGGCCUAUUUUUUUGUCAAUGUCA